AAUACGGAGGUGUUUGUGUAGGCUAUAUAAACGGGCGCCAUUCCAGGAUCAGACAUUAUACUGAAGCAUAUUCGUUUUCAACGCUCAAGCCAAGAACUACCUAGAGUUUGAAAAUGGCCUUUGCCGGACUGCUGAAAGACGCGGAUAUCGCCGCAGCCGUCAAGGACUGCCAAGCUCCAGAAUCCUUCGAUCACAAGGUAUUCUUUGCCAAGAUUGGUCUGGCUAGCAAGUCUGCCGCAGAUGCAGAGAAAGUUUUCAAAAUCAUUGACCAGGACCAGAGCGGAUUCAUUGAGGAGGAAGAGCUGAAGCUGUUUCUGCAGAACUUCUCCGCAGGCGCCAGAGCUCUGACUGAUAAAGAGACCGCGGUGUUUCUGGCAGCUGGCGAUGCGGAUGGUGACGGAAAAAUCGGAAUUGAUGAAUUCCAGUCCUUGGUGAAGUAAAGUCGCAGCAAACAGACAUCAAAAGCUUUGUAUGAUGCAAGACAAUUUAUUUAUGCUUUUUGUACAGUUACUGGCAUUUGUAAAUGCAGUUGCCUUGUUUUCCUCUUGUGAUAUCAUUUACAAUUGAAAAUUAAAGACAAUGAACUGAU